UUUUGUUAUAGAAUUAACUUGUUUAACAAAUUUAAUGCCAAAUUAUUAACCAAUUCAAAUAAAUUCCAAAAUUCAAAAUGAAGAAAGAUAUUAAUGUUAUCUUGAAAGAACAAAAAAUAAUAAAUGAUUUUAUGAAUGAAAGAGAUCUUCCAGAUUGGUUUCGAGGUUUAUCAACAUUUCAAAGAGAAGCUGCUGAUUCUCUGCUCAAUUGCAUUCGAGAUGAUUGUGAACAAGCUACCUCCCAUCGAGUUAGGGAUGCUCUCCGACGAAUCGGAAUCGAACCUCCAGUUGAUCCAUCAAAAAUUAAGUUUGUCAUGCAGCUGAGCCGUGGAAAUGACAUGGCAUUUUUGUGGUUUCUAAUGGAGUUGUAUUAUCGCAACAGUUCUCAAGUCGGCGGCCAUAAUAAGAAAUAUUCUGUUAAUGAACAAAUCUUUAUUACUGUAAUUGCUUAUUUGGAUACGAUUCCAACUUUAAGGGAAUUGGAUAAGUUGCUUCCCAAGAAAGCUGAAGAGAUUAAAACCAAGAAGACAUUGAAGAAAAAAGUAAUAAAGUCAGUUGUUACUUUUCCAUAUUUUCAAAAACAACCAAGACCAAUUUUGUAUGGCAAGAGUUUAACUAUGAAUGAAAUUGACAAUAAAGCAAAUUUUUCGGAAUACGAAAAGUAUCGCAAUCCAAAUUAUAUUGUCCCUAAUGAGGCUAGCCGUUGGUUUGCAAAUUAUAAAUUAAGAAAGAUUGAACGGAUUGCAAAUGGAAUUAUUAAGGAGCAAAUUGAUACAAUUUUUAACCAAGAGUUAGAUAAAAACGAAGAACAAGAAAGUCUAACAGUUUGUGUUCAUCAUCAAAAUAUGCAGAAAUUAAAAGAGUCAAUAGCAAAUGAACUUAAAGUCUUGAAGAGGAAGGAAUGUGAAAAAUAUUUCGAUAUUAAUGGACAUUUUAAAAAUAAAUCUUUAAAACGUGUCAUGAAUGAGUUAAAUUCUGAAAUUACAAAAGCUGCUGAAAAUGUAACACAAUUUGCUAAUAAGAACUUAAGAACCACCGCUGAUAAAGAAGUUCCGCAUAAGAUCCAAGAAGAAAACUUAAACUUGUAUGAUUUUGGUCAUGACGCUGUUCUUAAUACCAAAUGUAACUACUUUGAAGCCCCCACAACAAACAAGCCAUAUAAAUUCAAUUAUAACAAAAUAUUUGAUCUUGGUGCUAAAAAUCCAGUAAAAGAUGCCAUAGCGUUUGUGUUAAAUGCAGAGAGUAGUGAGAAUGUGUCAAUCGAAAAUAGCCGAGCAAUUAGAAAAUGUUGCAAGAAAAUUUGGGCUGAGGAAGUUAAAAAUUAUAAUUCAAACUAUAAGAAAGAACAAAAAUCCAAGGAAAAGGAGAGUCCACAGUUGCAACAAGAUGUUUUUGAAUUGAACCAGGGCAACUUUGAUCCUCGCGACACUAAACUAAUGCAAUCGCUUCUCUUAAAAGCACUUCAAGAAAUAAAGAAAAAUAAGAAAUUUGUUUUAGCUUCAUUGCCUGAUGCACAUAAAUUUCCGAUUCUGAAAGAAUGGAUAAGAAAACGCUAUGGGAUGGUUUAUACAAGGCAAGAGAAAAUAAAAACUUUUAAACGGACGAAAAAAGUAUUUCAAGUUUUGCGAAAUAAUGCGUUACGUGUUAGAAUUCCUCAUUUGGAUGAUUUGUCAAGAAAGCGUUUAGUUUCUUAUGGCUGCAAAGAUUAUUUACUUAAAAAGACUAAUUUCUUAAAAGACAUUUAUCAAGAUAAUUUCAAAGAAAGUCUUCUUGAAGAUUCGCGUAUUUAUUGGGCAGCUGUUAGGCCAUAUCAAUGUUCGAAAGGUCCACCAAGGAAUGUAUUUUUUGCUUAUUUACCAGCAAGAAAGAAUGAUGUUCAUAUGUUUAGACCAUGGAAAGUUAGAGAGUAUAUUCAUGCUAAGGAUGAAUGGGAUAGAAGGCAAAGAAAACAAAAAAUGGAAUUUUCAUAUUGAAUAAAUU